GAGGGAGUGUUGCUCAACAGGCUCGACUCUUGCGGAUCCUCCUGCUUCACGCACUUCUGAUCUCGAGAGGAGUCACUGAAUCGCACGGGGGAUGUGUUUGUACGACAGUGAGGAUCUGGAACAUGAUGAACCUCCUCGGACUCGUUCUCCUUCGUGAACCUUUCUGCUGCCGGAUUUGAAAUCAACACUUGGAGCCUUUUUUCUUUAGUUGUUUCUUCACUUCACAACUUGUGUAAUCUCUCUCUCUCGUGUUCUGUUUCUCUCUCUUAUCUCAAUCUGUGAUUCUCUGAUAACGUUUUCUGGUUUUGGUGAGAGGAGGAGGGGAAGGACGUGACACGCUGAGGUUUCUCUGCCAGGAGCCUGAACAUCUUUGAAUUCCAGUUUGGCUUCUACAAGACACUCCUUUGUGUGUGUUUUGCCUGAGUGUGUGUGUGUGUUUGUGUCUCUCACUGUCCCUCUGAGAUACAUUAACAACGUGUAUCCGGGGACAAUACCAGCCCUGUGUGUCUCUUCUGGGAAAAUGGGAUCAGAGAAAGACUCCGAGUCGCCUCACUCCUCCGUGAGCGGCGUGCCGAACCCUAAGUGCCGUGCGGCGGGCAAGCGCCAGGGCCGCAUCUCCUUCCACAGCCUCUUCCACAGCAAGCGGGGCUCUCGGGGCACCAGGGGCCCCAAAGGAGCCGCGGCCCCCCCGUUGUCUCUUCACCACCAACUCCUCCACACUCAACAACAGCUCCUGCCUUCUGCCUUGAGCUCCCCGCCCGUCCCAGCCGCUGCUACGCCCACAACGACCACCACCACAGCCACGGCGAGCCCCGAGGACGCCGCCUCCGGCCCCCCGUCCAGGCCGCUGUCCUCCAGCCUGGCGUCCCUGGAGGGAGCCCCUUCCUCCGGGGGGGCCGACCUGCUGGAGUGCCCCCUGUGCCUGGUGAGCCAGCCCGCCGACCAGCUGCCCGAGCUGCUGGGCUGCAGCCACCGCUCCUGCCUCUGCUGCCUGCGCCAGUACCUCCGCAUCGAGAUCACCGAGAGCCGCGUCCAGCUCAGCUGCCCCGAGUGCGCCGAGAGGCUGUCCCCGCGGCAGGUGGCGGACAUCUUGGAUGACGCCGCCCUGCUGGAGAAGUACGAGGAGUUCCUCCUGCGCAGGUGCCUGGCCUCCGACCCGGACUGCCGCUGGUGCCCGGCGCCCGACUGUGGCUUUGCCGUCAUCGCCUCCGGUUGCGCCUCCUGCCCCAGGCUGGUCUGUCGCAGAGAAGGCUGCGGCGCCGAGUUCUGCUACCACUGCAAACAGGCCUGGCACCCCAACCAGACCUGUGACUCCGCCCGGCAACAGAGGGCCCAGUCCCUGCACACCCACAGCAACCACUCGCCCAGCUACACCCAGGAGCAGGGAGCUGCUGAUGACAUCAAGCCAUGUCCUCGCUGCGGCGCCUACAUCAUCAAGAUGAACGAUGGCAGCUGCAAUCACAUGACCUGCGCCGUGUGCGGCUGCGAGUUCUGCUGGCUCUGCAUGAAGGAGAUCUCCGACCUGCACUACCUCAGUCCAUCCGGCUGCACCUUCUGGGGGAAGAAGCCUUGGGGCAGGAAGAAGAAGAUUCUGUGGCAGCUGGGAACUCUGAUCGGAGCUCCGGUGGGAAUCACCCUCAUCGCCGGCAUCGCCGUUCCUGCCAUGGUCAUCGGCAUCCCGGUCUACGUCGGCCGCAAGAUCCACGCCCACUACGAGCUGAAGAAGUCGUCCCGUCACCGGAGGAACUUGGCCAUCACAGGAGGCGUGGCCCUGUCCAUCAUCACCGCCCCCGUCAUCGCAGCUGUCAGCGUGGGCAUCGGUGUUCCCAUCAUGUUGGCCUACGUGUACGGCGUUGUUCCAAUUUCUCUGUGUCGAGGAGGCGGCUGUGGCGUGAGCAGAGGGAAGGGCCGAGGCGUGAGAAUCGACUUCGAUGAGGACGACGGACCAAUCACGGUGGCGGACGCGUGGCGUGCGCUCAAGUCCCCGAGCCUGGGCGACAGCAGCCUGGACGGGGCGCUCAGCGUCCUGAGCACCACCUCCCGCAGCGAGGGCCUCUCUGUGGCCCCCGGGACUCUGGGGGACACACCCCACUUCAACACCUUGGCGGGGGGGGCCCUGGGGACCCGCAAUGGCAAAUACAGCAGGCUGGAGGUCCAAGCAGCCGAGUUGGCUCAGGAAUCCGCCCAGAGGGAGACGGGCAGCCUGGGCGCCGGGAGCGACUGUGCCAGCACCCGAGGGAUGGCCGGCUCCAUCAUCUCCUCCUACACGCUGCCUGACAGGGACUGCACCAACCUGGAGAUCCAGGUGGACAUCGAGACCAAACCCAGCCAUCUCUGCCUGAACAGCGAAGAGGACCUCACCCCUCCUCCGGGCUCUGCCGCCAUGGCGACCGCAUCCGGCGGGGAGGAGCCUCAGGACUGCAGCUCCAGAAGGGGCGGGGCUUUAUCCGGCUCUGCGCUGGCACUGUCCUCCGUGGUGUCCAUCAGGGAGGGGCUCCGGGACGUCACCCUGGCUCAGCCGGAGAGCAUCCGCAGCGACCUGGAGAUGUCGGACACACAAUCGGACGACAUCGCGGAGCUGACGUCGGACGACUGUGACUCGCCUCAUCCCAAAAGCUGCCACCAGGCGGCGGGCCAGCAGCCCCAGCCCCCCGCCUGCCGAGCCCUGAACCCCCCCACCGAAGGCCUUCACUGUCCCCUGGACGUCAACGUCAUCCUCUACGUCUGAGAGAAAACUCUCAGGAUUGCACAAAAACCAAUCCUUGACAUUUACAUUUAGACUCUCCCUUUCUUCAUCGCUGUCUUUCUGUCGCCAUUUCUCAUUUGCUGCUUUUGUGACUCACGGUCUUAAACACAGACAGAGUCCACUUCCUUUCGUGCGUCUGUCUUAUCUAUCCACCUGUCAAUCUCCUCACUGAGUCAAUUGUCAGGGUUCUACCUCUGAGAUUUAUAAGAUGAUGAUUUAUGUUUACUCCUUGGUGCAAAAUGCCUUGGCUACUUAAGCAAAAAAGCAAGAGAAAAUAUAAGAGGUACACAUUUUUCGACAUGAAAAAGUACAACAAAAAAAAAAUGUAUGAAACGAGGUGAAAUGUCACCAAAGCACAGUGGAGGGAGCCGGACUGUUGUGAGGAUGUGAGCUGAGGUCGAGGGGAUGUUUAUAACAAUGUGUGAGUGAAUGUGGACUUCGUACUCUACUAUUGUGGCUUUACUUUCCCAUUUUCUUCUAUUUAUAUUCCGAUGACCCUUGAAAUUGAAUCAUCUGCCGUGUGCAUGAGUCUGCAUGAGCCGUGUCUUGUGUGAAAGAGUUUUAAAAAGGGGGGGGGGAGUUUGUGUUGCACUAGUGAAAGUUAAAGUUUACUUAAAGAGAGAAGCUGCACUCGAAUCUCACGUUAUUCUGCACAGAGGAGGGAGAGGAGGAGGAGGAGUCUGGGUUUCCGAUGUGUGAACAGACUCUGACCCACUUGAAUGUUGUGUGAGUGUGCGUGUGCGUGUGAGUGUGUGUGUGUGUGUGUG